CCGCACACAACAUGCAGACAUCCGACUCAAAAGCCAAUUCCUCCUCAUUAUUGGGCGUCAUUGAUGCGCUGAAAGACAUUCUCGCACGUUCACAAGUCACCGUAUGUCCAUUGCGACACAUCGGAUGGCUUUGUAUUGAUUAUUAAUAGAUGCCAGACUUCGACCCCGCAUACUCCCAAGCUUGCCUCAAUUUGAAUCGCUCUGCCAUCGAGCUCAACGACCAGACCGUCGGAGCCAUCAUCACUGAGCGCCAGCACCAACUCCAUGCAGUUUCGCUCGAGUCCUCAGGCUUGGAGACAGUCAUGGACGGUAUCAUAGAUCUUCACCAGCAACUCUUUGUAAAGGAGGGCCAGAUCACCCAGUCCUUGAAUUUGCACAAGAGACUUGGAUCGGCUCUCUGGCGCUUGCCGACUGAAGUCCUGUCCCAAAUCUUCCACUACUGUCUCCCAGAAUUCGGUCAUUCUCGGCCGCUAUCAGAUCGAGAAGCUCCCAUGUCGUUGACUGGAGUAUGUCAACGAUGGAGGGAGGUUUCUGUAGGCACACCCAGUCUGUGGUGUGGGCUGCGCAUAUCACCGAACCGCAGACACAAGUGGAAUAAUCAAGUCUUCCGCUAUGACUUAUGGUUCAAACGGUCACGAGGACGUCCGGUCUCGUUAGCAUUUAGUUGCUGCUAUAUUUGGCACUCUUCUGAGCUACGAAGCUUUUUUCAGCCUUACAUCAAUCAAAUCUCGUCUCUCUCUAUCGAUUUUUCCCUCGGCGCCAAACAACUGGAACUUCUAUUAACAGGCAUCCCAGCACUUCAGGAGCUAACCAUUAGCGCAACGAAAAUAAAUGGGUCAGCUAUUGUACAAUGCAUCUCUCGGCUUCCAAUCACUCUGCGGAGUCUCAAGAUACACAAGCCCUCGUUCGACCACGGGCACAUGUCUAUGUAUAAUCGCGUAUGGGCCCACCUGACAAAUGUCGCGAUCACCAUACAUGAACCAAACUCAGUUCUCCGCUUGCUCCAGCUAACCCCCAAUCUCGUCUCGUUAUCGAUUAGCACCCCGCUCCUCAGCGCCCAGGAUUUCGAGCCGUUUACACACUUCAGACUUCAAACCUUAUCUAUCUACGGAGGUUCUGCGCCCCAAAACCGAUUAUAUACCCUGUUUGACUUUCUCUCACUCCCAAAUUUGCGCACAUUUGAAGCUGUCUACAAUCGGCCGUGGCCUCAUGCGGAAUUCAAGGCAUUCUUGAUACGGUCAAAUUGUCCUCUAGAGACCAUGAUUUUGAGCUAUGACGUUAGGAUGACAGAUGAGCAGCGAGCGGAAUAUGUUGCACUUAUUCCUUCCAUUAAAGCAUUUUCACCCCCAGUCAAAAACCGCGAGUGGACAAUCUACGAAGAUAGUGAAGACGAGAUUUAACAAUAUCCUCGGAGAAUUUUCAGUCA